AUGUGUGGCAUCGUGUUUCCUUGAGGAGGAGGCAACAACCAAAAAAAUACCCACAUACCAUUCCAUCGCACCUGUUAAACCAAACCAACGGCUUCUGCAAAACCGUCAAUGGACUUCAGUGUGAUUUUUUUCCUUCUCCAACCAAACCUUCAGGCUACAAGACCGGAGAGAGGACCUUUGGAGGCUACUGAGAGAAAUUAAAAGCAGCAACAGUUGGACCCGUCCAUGCGCUGACGGUCGCGGAGGAUCCCUGGAUGGUGGCUCAAGCUUUUCUGUAACCUGGGAAGUCGCUGCGUUGCUCAUCAUGUACGCCCACAGGAGGCAGCCCAGCAUUGAACUGCUAGAGUUAAUGGGAGUGGUGAGAGAAAAUGGCAGAGCAUCAAAAUAUAAUCCUCCUUCGCUCACCUCACUGUCUUGCGACUUUGUCCUGGUGGGCAAAAAAGUCCACAGCCUCAAACAAAGGGAAUAUAUACAUGAGCUGGAGAAAAAGAAUUUCAAAGUGAAGGAAAUUGAAGAUGAUAACCUAAUUUUCUAUGGCGUACAAGCACCUGAUGAAAUAUUUCACAAGUACAGACAUCUGCUUAAUAAUGACCCUAACUGGUACUCAAGUAUGUAUGUGGUGCCUCCCAGAAUAAGGUUAAUGAUAGUCCACUUCGUCUUGAAUCACACCGAAAGCAGAUCAGGAGAAAGUCUCCGGUGUCUUUUAAAUAAUAAAGUUUUUGAAGCAAAGUUCUGCUUACACGAGAAAAAGAGACAAAGACAGCUGCAGAAGUCCUGGGCACGAUGGACUGCCUGUCUCAAAGGACAACCCAUUACUGAUAUCAGGGACUACUUUGGAGAAAAGGUGGCCUUGUAUUUCCUGUGGCUGGGCUGGUACACAUAUCUCCUGGUGCCUCCUGCAGUCAUUGGAGUCAUCGUCUUUCUGUACGGUCUCAGUUUUUUCAGCUCUUCACCCCUCCUAACAGAGGUUUGCAAUGCAGACAUAGUCAUGUGUCCACUUUGUGACACGGGUUGCAAAGUGUGGAGGCUCUCAGAUACAUGCACUUAUGCUAAGAUAACCCUGCUGUUCGACAAUGAAGGCACGGUGUUCUUUGCGAUGGUCAUGGCAAUAUGGACCACGCUUUUUUUGGAGUUCUGGAAGAGAAACCGAGCUUCGUAUAUGUGCGAAUGGAGAGUGUCUGACUGGAACCAGGAUGAGGAGGAGCUGAUUCUGGAGAUUCUUAAUAAUCCUGAGUGUGAAAGAAAACUAUUUCAGCACUCUUACUCACACAGCCUCCUGAUUUUACUCUGUGUUGCUGUUAUGAUGCUGGUGAUCAUUGGCUUGACAACUGCACUGGUGGUGUUCAGGGUAAUGGUUUCAAGCAUUUUGGCCCAGGAAUCAUGGGAGUUUAUGAGCCAUCACUCAAACAUCGGCGCAAUGAUGCUCGGUGCUUUCCUCCAUUACAUCCUCAUCACUGUCAUGACAAAGGUCAACAGAAUUGUAGCCAUGAAGCUCUCUGACAAAGAGAGAACAAGGUCCUUCUCUGCAAGAGAGAAUAGCUUCACUGUUAAGAUGUUCACCUUCCAGUUUUUCACCUAUUUCACUUCCCUUUUCUAUGUUGCAUUUUUACUUGGGAGAAUAAAUGGCCAUCCUGGAGAUUACGUUCGGCUCGCAGGGGCAUGGAGGCUUGAAGAAUGUCACCCUAGUGGAUGCCUGACUGACCUGUUCAUCCAAAUGACAUUUAUUAUGGUAUUGAAGCAAAUCAUCGGCAAUGUGUUUGAGUUUGCUGGCCCAUGGUUGUGCAGGUUUUUGAAGAAGAAAAAAAUCCCCAAGUUGCAGAGGAAAUGCCAAGCCUGCUACUUAAAAGAGGAUUCAGAUAUGGGAAGAAAUGAAAUGUGCGACUACUGCAAACAUCGUGAUUGGGUCAAAAACCAUCAGCUCAGCGAAGUUGAUUCUUUCAGCCUGUUCAAUGAAUUUUUGGAGAUGGUGAUCCAGUUCAGCUUCACCACCAUAUUUGUGGCAGCCUUUCCCCUUGCUCCUCUGCUGGCUCUUAUAAAUAAUAUAAUUGAAAUUCGCUUGGAUGCCAUUAAGAUGGUGACUCUGGAGCGCAGGAUUGUUCCCAAGAAAACCAACGACAUCGGUGUAUGGAUCAAUAUAUUGGAGGUUAUUGGUGUCUUAGCUGUCAUUGCAAACGGACUGGUGAUUGGCAUUUCCUCAGACUUCAUCCCUCGACUUGUGUACCACUACUAUUACGGCCCAUGUGCCAAUGGUAACGGAACUAACACACAUUGCAUGGCUGGUUACAUCAACAACAGCCUCUCCAUUGCAUCACUGGGCGAUGGCAAGGCUAAGAUUUCUCCAAGUCAGAUGGUCACUUCCACGGGCCUAAAUGUCACUUCAUGCAGCUACAAAGAUUACAGGGACAGUGAUUACAACCGUACUCCUCAGUUCUGGCUCAUUUUAGCCGUGCGCUUUGCCUUUGUCAUCCUUUUUGAGCAUGUUUUACUCAUAUGCAGGUUCAUUGCAGCACGGUUUAUACCAAGUGCUCCCAUGGAUGUGAAAAACUCAAAACUCUCUGAUGAAUUUGUCAAGUUAAAAGAGAAACUAAAGUCUUUUGAACAACAUCCAAAAGUGGGUCACAGUUUACCCUGAAAACUCUACGCUUUUGUCAGUUGGGAUUCACACCAUCAGAGCUUUAACCCCAUCAUUAACACCACGAAGAGUUCAAAUGUUGGACAUUUUUUCUUUUCUAAAUUUGAACUGUCAUAUGUGAAGACCUUGCUGAAUGGAUUUAUAUAAAGGAAAUGCUGAUGAUAGAACUUUAUUUCUUAUUCAAAUGUGUGUACAGACUGACUUCAAUGAUCGUGCCCUAUGAGUUGUUUUUUUUUUUUUAACAGAUAAAGCAUUGUAGUUGGUUCCAUCUUUGUGAGCCAUAAUAAAGUGUUUUAUUGAAAGCAUAAAGCUAAUUUAUACUCUUGCUACUGCAAACUGACUGCUGAUUGUCUUAAAUUGCUCUACACUGUAAAGGGAAAGUGCUGUGAUGCCUGAUGCUGUUUUGUUACUGAAAAUUAUUUGCAAUCUUGUAUUUUAUAUUAGUGAAUAAAUGAAGUCCCUGUGAAUAAAAA